UUUGAAACUAGGUGAAGUAACGUUCAAGCGAAUUGUUUACAGUGAUUAAACUACACAGUUAUGUCGUUUGGCAGAAAAACAUAAAAUUGAAGAGACAACAAUGUGGCAAAACUUGGGAAGACAAGCGGAGAAGUGAGAAAGGAAAAAAGAAGAGCUAGUAAGAGCCAGUGGCGGAAAGCGCAGACGCGUAAGAGACGGAAGAGAACGGAAAUAAAAAUUACGACCUUGAGUGUUAGAGAAAAAGGAAGGAGGUGAAAAAAAAUGACAAGUGAAAAAAGUGAUGUGUGGAAAAAACGAAUUCAAAGAAUAAGCUAGCGAGUGAAUGUCUAAGUCUCCCCAGUUGAAUCUAAGCAAGCCAUCACUGCUUGUUGCCAAGUUACUGGGCUUGAAGGACAUUUCUGAUACUUUUACAUCCUUGUGGAGUGAACUGCAAGAAGGCAAGUUCUCAUUAUACAGUGCGUUCGUUUGGAGUGCGUGACGGGAUGAAGUGGCUGCAAGGGUUCCCUCAAGUUGGGAUUUCUAAUUUUUGUCAGACUUCCAAGCUUUGUGCAAGACUGACAACUGUGCAUUUCAAUUUGAACAUCGCUUUAAAUCACGUAGCAUGACUCAACAAGCUGAAGACCAAUUGCAAGGAUUAAGUGUUCGCACCAGCUGAUAAAUGUGCAUCUGUGAAAUUUCAACAGUGUAUGUGUUCGUGAGAGUGAUGUGUAAUACUGAAAUCCACUCAGUAGGAUCAUGAAGAGUCUUUCAGUGGACAACAGGGUAGAGAUGGCAGAUGUUAACAGUGCUCUUACCAGUUUAUGGUAACAAACUGCUUUCUGCACAUUCAGAUGUGCUGGCCCUCAUGCAAUAAUCAGAGGGUCCAUAUCCUGUGUUCCAAUUUCGUUGGUGUGUAUAUACAGACAUAACUCAUGUGCUAACAACAAUUAAAUAAAAGCUUUUCUUUUUUGUUAAACAAAUGUGUCCAAAUAUUUUACGUUUUUAAUCAGUUUCAACAUCAUAUUGUUCUGCCACAAGGUUUGUGAUGACAGUUUAAGUAUUCUAGAAGGUUAGAAGAUACAUUAGUGAUCGUUGGUGGAUGUUCCUUGGCCUCGUGGCAUGUUUCAUGUGUUCUGACAAAAAUAUGGCAGAGAAGGAAGGUACAACUCCUCUGUCAGUUUUUACAACUCUUAAAUUUGGUUACAAGAAUAAGAAGAAAACCUGUAGCGAAACAUCUCGAGGAUUUAAGGAGACAUGAUAAGAGUGUGCACUGCUGUUCAUAUCUAUGGAAUUAUCUGAAGGAUUUCAUACCCAUUUCCAGGACAGCAUAUAAGACUGACUGGAAACCCCAGACAAUGUUCGACAGCAGCGGUCUUCUGACCCUGCACUAUGGCAAGCAUCAUACAACACUAAUCAAUGAGAUCCGUACUUGGUUUGAUGGAGAGUGCUUUGCUGAUGUUGCACUUGUAUGCGAGGGAAAGGAGACGUUAAGGGCACAUCGCCUUGUUUUAGCAUCAUCUAGUCCUCUAAUCAAGCAGGUUCUCCAGGAGACUCCGUCUGCUGAGAGCCCAGUCACCAUCCAGUUCCCUGGUGUGCGUGCUGCAGACAUGAGGCUGCUGCUGGACUUCCUGUAUACUGGCCAGGCUUAUGUUCAGUCUUCUGAUGUUGAUAGUUUACGUGAACUCAUCCAGCUUCUUCAGAUAAAAUCCGACUUUCUGGAUGAAAAAUAUUCAGAACCACAAGCAGCCCAUUCACAAGGAAAAGAAUCUCCAAGGCAGUGUGAACCACAGCUGAGUGAAAGUUCCACGAACUCUGAAUCUAGUGGCAAGGAAGGAUCAGGGAAAGCCAGCAGAGACAGCAACAAACAGCAAAGCACAGAUGAGAUCUCAAAUGAGUGUGGUGGUUCUGCAAAUAAGUGUGACACUAAAAGUGAGACCCAAGAAUUUCCACUGGCAAAUGUGACAGUGAAAAAAGAAAUUCAAGAGGAAGAAAGUGAGGCAGAAGAUGACGGAAAAGAUGCUGGGCGAAUCAGUAAUGUUCGGGACAGAAGCAUACACCAGAAGUUGACACCAGUUAGGAGACGCAGCUCAUUGAAUCCAGUGAACCUGUCUAUGUCGAAUGCUGAUGAGAGCAGUGACUCACCACAGUCCCCGGGUCAUGUGAGGAGUGCUGAUGUAGGCGAGCAUAGGGAAUUGAGUGCUGACACAUCUGACAGAGAUACUGUCACAAAGCCUUCCAGGCGUAAGAAGCCAACAGGUGUCCAAAUUAUCAGAGACUUUCCAUUAGGCAUUGAAAGCGAUGAGAGACAUCACCAACCCCAUGAUAAGACCCUGGCAUCUCUUCUUCCACUAGAUGUUGCCCACCUUCACCACCGAACCAAGAGAAAGCCACACUUCACCAGCUUCUAUUCUGAACCAGAACCAGACUGUAAGCUGCCAGAUGAUGUAGGAAAACCUUCUGACACAAUGCAGACAUCACCUGAUAACUAUGUAGUCACUCCACAUCGUAAACGCCGUCCAGGGUUCCACAAUUCCCCUGCCCAGAACCCACCAUUUGUACCUUUAUGUCCAUCCUACAUUGAUGACAUCCCAGUACAUCGUGGGCGUGGUCCUCACAGCCAUCUGCCUCUUCCACUGGCUGCCUCAUCAGCACCACAGUACCUAGAUCGCCCCACUGCUUCACCGGGACCUGGAGAUCUAACUUCCCCACCGCAACAACAUGGCCCUGAAGAAGUCAAGUUCCGACCAUCCAGUGGAGAUGGCAGCUUGUCAGGCUCAGCUGAAUUUGGAGCAAGAGAAAUUGGAGCAGGAUGGGGCCCUUGGUCAAUCUGUCAAGCCCAGGUGAAUCCAGGAGGUGGUGAAUCACUUGGUGGGGAAGGUGGCUCAGCGACAUCCUUAGCACCUGGGAAAGCCCCACCAGUUAGAGAAUAUCGUUGUGAGUACUGUGGUAAACAAUUUGGUAUGAGCUGGAACCUCAAGACACAUCUGCGUGUGCAUACUGGUGAAAAACCAUUUGCAUGUCGAUUGUGUGUAGCCAUGUUCAAGCAGAAAGCACAUUUAUUGAAACAUCUGUGUUCAGUGCAUCGAAAUGUGAUCAGUGAAGGGGGUGAAGGUCGAUUUAACUGCUGCUUCUGUGAAGUUUCAUUUGAAAGUUUGCAGGAGCUCAUCAGACACUUGUCAGGUCCACACAACAAUCUUCUGCUCAGCAAGAAUCUCCAGUGAUUUGUCACAUUCAGCAUACCUUGUCUGUGAAGAUACAGAGUGGGCUUAAAGUCACAAUUGGGAGCACAUGCAAGGUGACCAAAAUGUGGCAUAACCAUGAGAAAGAUAUAAUAUAUUUUUAAUUUAUUUUAUUUAUCUUCAUUGUCCUUAAUGUUGCAGCAUACACAUUAACAAGAGAUGUUGAAAGUCUGUUCCUUCUUUGCAGUUCAAAUUCAUUCUGGGAUAGUUCUUGUUACUCAUGCUCUUCUCCCACGAAAAUGAUCAGUGAGAUAUAUUGUCAAUUUAUUCAGAGCCAAAUAUGGAAAUACUCUUCUAUGUAGUCUGGCAGUCCAAAAAAAUCAGUACAUAGAGUAACAGUCAUGAAUAUGCAGUGUUCUCAUGAAGUAACUCAUAUUGCUCUUGAAGAGUUUACACACUUGAUAUAAUGCAUGUACUAUUUGAGGUUAUCCAUUUUCAAUAUUAUAUAAACACAUAUUUUUCUGUGAGAAAAUUUUGUCAGUCAUGUGGAUAGUCCUAUUAUCUGGUUACAUUGAAUUUUAGUGUCACAGUAAUAAGAAUUUCUUUAUUGCCCAUCCGAUAACUUAAUAAGAGAUAAUGUCCAUAGUAUACAUACUGUGUAACAACAUGUUGCUCAAAAAGUACCCCAACAGAAAGAUGUCCAUAUUCUGUGAGGCAAUUUUGAUCGCUCACUUGCCUCAUACAAUUCUUAACUUCUCAAUGAGCAAUGCUGAAGAGUAAACCAUUUAAUUAGACACACUUUUGCCAUUAUGUAAACACUAUGAAUGAAAACUGCACAUUGAACUGCUUUGUAAUGAUUACAGUGGAAUUCACUAAAGAUACUUACAUAUGUGAAUAUAAAGUUUAUUUCUUUCUCAUUUCUGUAUCACAUAAUUUAACCGCAAUUGUGACUUUUGGCCCAUCAAAUAUAUAGCAGUAGUAAAGGGGAACUUUAGAGUGAACUUGGCAGUUCACACACACAAACUUGGGCAUGCUUUGUGAAGAAGAGUCUCAAACCACGAAAUUCUUUGUGUAGUUUUAAAAUACCUUGUGUUUGUACAAAGUCACUGUACAGAUAUCACAGGUUGAGUUGGAAUGGCUCAUCAGUUAUAAUCAUCACACCAGAGUAUUCUGCAGGUUUGUUAUAUUGUUAUUCGUCUUUUUCCUAAAAAAUAAGUUAUUAAAAUUGCCAUAAUUUUAAAAAAUCUGUUACCAUAGAAAACACCAGGGUUCUAAAUUGAAUGGCACUAACAUGUCUCCUGCCUAAAAACAUUUGCAUGGUCACCAUGGUAGUAUUCUUCAUGAGAGUAAUGGUACUGUUGUCUGUGCUGAACAAUGGGCAUAGCUGACUGCCAGACACAGCUUAGUAAUAGGUUCUGAGGAAGCAACCCUGUUCUUUCAGAAUGCAAAGAAUACACUUUUGGACCUAUUAUUCCAUGUUUAAUGCAUGAAGGAGAUAGUUACAUUGAGAAACCUGAAGGGGUUGGACCAUUUUUGAGUCCAAGAAGGGAGGAUAAUAUUGGAGUAGGUAUUAGAGGAACAGGUUAUGUGGGUGUGGAUUGGAUUCAUUUGGAUCACUACAGCAUCCAGUGGUGAACUCUUGUGAACAUGGCAAUGGACUUUGGGAUUCCCUAAAAGAAUAUCUCAUAACAAGUUGAGUGACUAUGCAGCAUGCAGAUAUAGUUAUGAUUAUGUGCUCACUUGACUGGAAAACAACCUGAAAUAUAAAUUUAAAGCUUUUGACUAUAGUGUAACAUACUGUUUAAAGCUAAUAUGUUUAAUUUCGUCCAUUAUCAGAGUUUAUUAAAACUUUAUAUUAGGGAACUUCAUUCUGUUUCUGUCUUCAUAUGACCAGGAUAUGAAAUAAAACCUACUUUGUUGGGACCUUCAGUUUAACUGGCCUCAAACCAUGGACUGUGGUAGGAUGACAGGUGUACCAGUGGGCCCGGCAAAGCAGAUUCUCUUCUAAGGGACACAAUAUAGUAGCAUUUCUUUCAUAUCCUGUUAUCUUGAAGGUGCAAAUAGAACUAAUUAACAAAAGAUAAUUGUUCUAGUGAUCUCAGAUGAUGGACAAUGUCCAAAAUAAUAGCUUAAACAGUCUGGAAUCUGCAGCCUAUUUGUGCUUCAUUGUAGUAUCUUCUGGAAGUUUCUGAUAAAUUAUGUCAAUUCUUAUAUUAGGCAUGUGUUUAUACUGGAAAAAUGUCUUUAUCUCAUUAAAGAUAAUGUGAAACACACAAUGUUUACAUUUAACCCCAGGACUGCCAGCUGUACUUUGUGUAGCCCCAAAUAAAUUUUUUAGUGAUGUGGUAAACACAUAUUUUUGUAAACACUCAAAAUUUCCAUACUUAAGUUCCAUGUUCCUUGAACCAUUUUAAAAAUCUUGACUCUGAUUUAAACACUACAGUAGAUGGUAAGUCUAACUGUUAUUUCUGGAAAGCUAUUGAAUGAAAACAAAAAUCACAUUUUGUUUUGUUUUCACCAAGCUGUGAAACAUAAAUUCAUAAGUCAAGUUGGUUCUUGGUUCAAGUAGUAAUAUUUUUUACUUUUUAUUUGUUUAUUUACAUGUAGUAUAUUUAAUGACACUCAGUAACUCAGA